AAAUUCUAAGCGAGGAUGCCUACGACGAAAAAAAAACAAAAAAAUAACCUCAUCAGCCAGUGCGGCCGGACCGAGCCGGCUCUCGCUUCGUGCCCGGUCGUUUCGGUUGAUAUUGUUUUCUCUAUUUUAAACCCGGCGAUAAACAAAAGGGAUGAGGGGACUCCUGACGUUUUACCGGGGCCUGUGCACCCUGAGUAACCGUCAAGCCAGACGAAAAGCUGGGAUUGUCGGUUCUCGGUGCGGGGUUUGCGGAACUCAGUCUAAUAGCAAGCCACAGCCAAACUUUGGGCUGUUGUUUGACAUUGAUGGUGUGCUUGUCCGGGGCAGGAUGCCAAUCCCUGCUGCAAAGAAGGCGUUCGAGAAGUUGGUCGACUCUCAGGGACAUUUUGUGUUGCCAGUUGUGUUUGUCACAAAUGCGGGGAAUUGCCUCCGACAAACAAAAGCAGACCAGCUCGCUCACAUCCUGGGAGUCCCUAUUACACAAGAUCAAGUCAUCAUGUCCCACAGUCCCCUGAGGAUGUUUAAUAAGUUCCAUGACAAGUGUGUGCUGGUGUCAGGACAGGGACCAGUCCUGGAAAUUGCUACAAACGUGGGCUUUACGAAUGUUGUAAGUGUUGACAUGCUGAGGGAAUCCUUCCCAUUGCUGGACAUGGUGGAUCACAACAGGAGACCCAAGUUGCCGUCCAAUCCUGUUGGCAACCUCCCUAAGAUUGAUGCCGUGGUUCUGUUCGGGGAGCCAAUUCGAUGGGAGACCAACCUCCAGCUGAUAAUAGACCUCUUGUUGACCAAAGGGAACCUCAGCAGUGUUCACCAAACCCAAAACAUGCCUCAUCUCCCCCUGCUGGCCUGCAACAUGGACCUCAUGUGGAUGGCUGAGGCCCAUUCUCCCCGGUUUGGCCAUGGGACAUUUCUGGUUUGCCUAGAGAACAUCUAUAAGAAGAUAACAGGUCAAGACCUGAAGUAUGAGGCGCUCAUGGGAAAACCGAGUGAGCUGACCUACCAUUUUGCAGAGUACCUCAUCAGAGCCCAGGCCAUGCAGAUGCAAUGGAAACGUCCUGUCACUGCCCUUUAUGCCAUAGGGGAUAACAUCAUGACUGACAUCUAUGGCGCCAAUCUAUACAACCGCUACCUGGAGGAGAGAGUUACUCGAAAGAACCCCAAAGCUGUUGCUAAGAUGGUCUCCGCCACAGGGUCCAGCACUGCAGUACCCCAGGAGGAGGAGAGGGAUAAUCUGUGGGAGAGCGAGCUAGCGCUGCCCUCCGCCACUUCCUGUAAGUCUAUCCUAGUAUGCACAGGGGUGUACAACCCCAACGUAGAAGUGCCGUCGGAUGCAAGUCACUGCAUCAAAGAGACUGUGUUCCACGGCCACCGGGACUUCAGAUUUGACCCCGCGCUGGUGGAGCCAGACCACAUUGUGCAGGAUGUGGCAGAAGCUGUAGACCUCAUCUUUGAGCUGGAGAGGUUUGUGCCUCAAUAGAGUUUUUAGCCAACAGGGGUUGUGUUAUUAUGAAAGUCCUAUAGUCGGGAGGGGGAGGGGGAGCAUUACACUGGGUAAACCACUCAAUGCAUACCCCAUGUAGGAGCCGUGCACUGUGGACAUUGGCAGACAAAAAAUGGGUCGUCUUCUAAACUUUCCUUGGUGAGAAAAACCUAAUCAUGUAACGGUAACUGUCAACUGCUCCUUAACAUUCUAUAUGUGAUUACCUUUUAUUACCUGUUUACGUUAUGGAAACAUUUAAGGAACUGCCUUAUUUGACCCUACUAUGUUUUGUUCUGUUUAAGUUGAUAGCCAUGUUUUAGAUAAUUCCAAAUCCUGAAAUGAUCUUUAUAUUUAUUACAAGAAUUUACCAGUGUUUUUAAGAAGCCUAUUCAGAUAACUGUUGACCCUUAUUCUAAUGGUGGCUUUUCAUUAUUACAAUUUUAAUCAUUUGUUUACCCAUCUAUUCUGUUCUCCGCAUGAACAUGAGAGUAAAACUUGUACUGUAAAAACAACAGUUUGAUGUGCUGUAUCAUCCUCUAGUAGUACUGUCUGUCUGCAUUAUGAGAGCCUUGACCAGUAAUUUGCACAGAUCAGAGAUCAUCGUUAAAUGUUACCGUAUUUUCCUGCCAUACCCUGUUUAUUAUGAUGUAGAACUUAAUUUGUAUGCUUCAUAUUGUAAUUCCAAAAGCAAAACUAUAUAGACAUUUAAAUACAGUCAAAAAACCUUUACCGCUUUAUUUUUGAUCAUUUGUAGUAUUUGACUCAUUUUAAAUACCUUAGCAUAAAAACGUACAAGGAAUCGUUAAACUUGCUUUGCAAACUG